AUGGACGGAGACCAGUGCAUCUCAGACAACAGGCCGCAACGUCAGACCGUGUUCGAUGGCGCACAGAGGAAAUACUUCGAACUUACAUCCUUCAAUCAAUACCCGGUCGCAAAACAUGCCCACGACGGAAACGAGGUAGCCUGCAGGGUCUACCUCCCACAGGACCCCAGAGCCACUAAAGAAAUCAUUGAGAGCAUGCCAGCAUAUAAGAACUGGCUGACCGGACUGCUCCAAAACCUAGCCUUGCAGCAGAAUCUCCAUCACGUAUUCCACAAAAAUCAGUACAAACUAAGGAGCAUUGACCUCCAAGCCCCUACGUGGUUUCCUACUGGGAAACCUCCUGGAAAACUGGGCUUUCUGAAGGCGCAGUGCGCUAUAGAGGCUGAUCACCUAGAAAAUGGAAAGAAACCGUGGCUUCCCGGUGCUGUAUUCCUACGUGGAGGCAGCGUGGGUGUUCUUAUCAUCAUCCAGCCCUAUGACGGAGAAGAGAAAGAACGACAGAACCUGGACCGAGGACAAGAACCGGAGCUAUUCUCCGUCCUCGCAAUCCAACCGCGUAUAGCCGCAGGUUCUCUCGCUUUCGCCGAACUACCCGCCGGCAUGCUUGAUGACAGCGGCGACCUUGGAGGCAAGGCUGGCGAGGAGAUCAAAGAAGAAGUCGGCAUAAUUGUCAACAAGUCCGACCUCUUCAACAUGUCCGAAGCCGCCGUCAAAGACAUCCACCAGCAGCCAUCUACAAACUUCAACGAUGAGGAUCCCUGCCGUGAAACUGUCCAAAACUCCAUGUACCCUAGUCCUGGCGGCUGUGACGAGUUUCUUCCCUUGAUGCUACUGCAGAAACGGCUCAGCAGAAAGGAAAUCGAAGAUUUGCAGUCGCGCGACACUGGGUUGAGAGAGGAAGGCGAGGUCAUUACGCUAAAGGUAGUUCCGUUUAGACACUUGUGGAGGGAAGGAGGGAGAGAUGCCAAAUGUCUUGCUGCACUGGGCUUGUAUGAGAAUCUGAAGAGGGAAGGUGGGAUCCUGCCGGACAUGCCUGCCAGGCCGGACGAGCAGAGGAAGAGGAAAAGGCCGCAGGGUUAG